GGAUUUAACUAUAUUUUUGGGGACAUUCAAGUGGCUAGAAGUGAGAUUAAAAGCCAAAAGGAAAGCUGAAAAAAAAAAAGGAAAAUAUAAAACGGAAAAUGGAAGAAAACAAGAGGCAGCAAUUUUAGUUUGUUUUGGUACGUAUCUAUCUAACAAAAAAGUAUCCCUGAAAGCCAUACAACAGCGGCGGAGGGGUUUUGUCUGUCUCUCCUUCUCUUUCUCCCUAUCUCCCAUUCAAUCUCCAUUCCAAUACUCAGGUUUCCUAUCUUAAUUUCUCACCAUUUUUAUUGCACUUUUUUUACUACCAAAUUCACGCCUUUUGUCUCUCAAUCCUUUUCAUCAUGAUUCUUCCUUGAUCAAACUGGAUUUCUUGUUUUAUUUGGGUGGGAUAGUUUUGAGAGGAACAAGGUCUUCUAGGGUUUUAUACGGAUACCCAUUUCAUGCUUUUAACGGGCAUCUGCGCUAGAUUUUCUCGUCCCUAUCGUCUUUGCUACGUUUAAUAGUUUUCUUUCUAUUGGUAUCAAAUCAGUUAGAUCGUUUUGGGAAGAGUUACUAUUGCUCUGGGCAUUCUCUACUUUUUAUGCCUUAUGGGUUUCCUUUAUUUUUAUCUUAUUUUAUUUUUUGGGAAUUGAGGUUUAAUCUUUGAAUUUUGCUGGUAUUUUUGGACACUAGAAAAUUAUAAUUAAGCAUACAGAACUUUUUGGAUUUCAGUUGGAUUUGGUGCUAGAGGCAUGCAUCUAGGUUUUUGAGGACACAUUUUCUCUUCAUCUUUUUCUUACAGUUUCGUGCCUUUUGAGGAUUUGAUCUUUUUUUUCUUUUUCUUUUUUUUUUUUUUGUUCUGGAGGGUUGAGAGUUAAGUGUUGGCUUUCUUUGUCACUUUUGUUGGUUGCCGAGGAUUGGCCCAAUUGUAUAGUGGAGGUAAUGGAAAAAGGGAUCGAAUUUGUUGUGGGGAGUGAAAACAUGCACUUAGAGGAGCCCUGGUUCAAUGGAAUGGAUACUGAGGAGACUGAAAUGGGACGACCCAACAGUGAAAUUCAAGGCUUUCCAUUGGAAAAUGGUGAGGCAAGCAAUGUGGUUUUCUCAAGAGAGGCACCCCUUGUAAGUAAAGAGUCAACAACAUCUGGUACUUGUAGCUGUAGUCUUAAGAAACUCAAAUCUAGGGUGACUGCAAAAGAGUCUGAGUUCUGCCAGAAGGCAAAAUCUGGGCAUGACAAGAAACUCAGCAGACAAGACAGGGUUGAGUUGGGGCAAUUAUUUCUGGGGGCUGUGAGUUCCCAUGAUUGGGAACUUGCUGAGAGUUUAAUCUUGUUGGCUGAUCCACAGACUCUAAAUGAUGCAUUGUGUGUCACAUUGGAUGCUAUCUGGUUUUUGAGCACCCAGCAGGAGCUCUAUGGGAUUACGGGGUUGAUUAAGAAGAUCAUUGCUAAUGGUGCUUAUGACUUUACUAGAGCUGCUCUCCGGACUUCAUUUCUUGCUUCUUGUGUCUCUGCUUGCCAGAGUCGCACAAUGAGUCUUGCCGACACUGUAACUGUCAUGGCCCAAAGGUUACAUGAGCGCCUCCAAGAGUGCCAUGGGGAUGAGGUCUUGAAGGCAGAAGCUGGUGCCAAAGUCCAAAAGUUCACUGAAUGGGCUUUGAAAUGUAUAGGUUCCCAUUCUCGUUGCCAGGGUAACAAUGAUAGAGUGAAUCAUUGCUCAGCUAUUGAAAUUCAACUCCAGUUAACUGCAUUCAAGACAUUCCUAGAUCUUGCUGGCAACCAACUUACAGGGAAGGAUUUUACAGAGGCAUUUGAUGCAGCUUGCUUUCCUCUUACUCUCUUCUCUAGUUCGUUUGAUGCUGGUUGGGCUUCUGGGAUCUCGGCUACUGUGAUCCAAGGAUUGUUGGAUAUGUUGGUGGAGGGGGGUGCUGAUAAUGUUAACCAGUGUUUCCUUGAAGCCUCUCGGUUUGGAAGUACAGAACUUGUCCGCAUAUUAUUGCAGAUUGCCCAACGGAACAGCUUGGAUGUUGAUGUUGAUCUUGCCUUGGGUUUUGCCUCACAUUACUGCAAGAUUGGAACUAUGGAGUGUCUAGUGGAAGAAGGUAAUGCCAUGGCGUUCUUGGGACCUUUAAUGAGAGCAGCUGAAAGAGGCUCCAUGCAGGUUGUCCAGUGGUUUGUUAAAAGGAGUUGUCGAGACAUGGAGCUCUGUCUAGCCCUCACUGCAGCUACUUCCAGCAGCCAAGUUGAUGUGGCUGCAUAUCUCCUCCCUCAUGUUCCUCAGCAUGUGCUUGCAGCCCUCAGCAUCGAAAUUCUCAAGGCUGCGGGUGAACGAAGUGGUGGAUCUCUGGAUGGUGUGGCAUUUCUCCUCCACUCUGACUUCUUAGGUGAUGUUGCUGCUACUUAUGCUGUUGCAGACAGCAUUGCUAGGUCUGAUGAUGAAGCUGUUGCUCCUGAGCUGAAGGCAUUUGUUCAAGAGCACUGGUCAGAGGCAGCUUUCUUGGAUGGAUUAAAGCAAGGCCAAGAACAUUAUAUGAACCUAAUGAGGAUUUUGAAGAGGGGGGAAUCUCCAAUUUGCUUAAGGGAUCUCCCAGCUCCUUUGAGGGUGGCAAUUGCAUACAUGCCACUCUACAGGGAGUGUGUUGAGGUGAGUGGUCGUCUGUUAUCGCAAAGGCUGAGGGGGCAGCUUGUUGAAGCUGUUCGAAUGCUUGGAGGUGGGGCAUUAGAAGAGGUAAGCCAAGGCAGAGAGCUUUUAGCUAUUUUGGAGCAACAUCUUCCUCCAUUUUUGGUUCGUUCUCCCAGUCUUGGUUAGCAAAAUUUUUAUCAGCUGGAUCUUUGGGAUUUUCACUUGUCUUUUACACCUACAUCUCAUGUGUCAUAGGUAAUAAAUAUCAUUUUAGCCGUUGGUAGGUGACAAAGCUUCAAAGUUUGUCAAGUUUCCUUACAUCAUGUGGUUUGGUUUAAUAUAUAGGUCCUCUGCACUUCUUCUAUGGCACAUAUCAUAAUCAAAUGGAUGCGUAUGUUAUGUUCAUCUAUUAUAGCGUAAGACAGAGAGCAACUGUUUUUCUAAAAGGGUUGAUAUAUGAUGGGAAUGUAUAUCUACUGGUCCCUGUUGAUUACAAUCUGAAAUUCUGCCUUUUUCUAUAAUUGCUCGUGGGUAUAUAUAAACAUUCAUUUCUGUUGGAUUC